AUGUUCUGUGGUCCGGCUACCUACCAUCCUUUGCAUCACGGUAUCAUCUUUGCUGGUGUCAGCACGACCAAACCAGGCGGUCUCUUACAUGACGCACUAUUCAGUUGCCGUGUCAUCAUAUAUAGACGCGAAAAAUUUAUAUUGACGACGUCUACCAACCUGAGUUACACACACGCUGUCCCAGAACACUGCAAAGCUCGGAAAAGCUCAUGGAGAUACUACUCUAGAAAUUGUGCCGUUGUCUCCAUUGGUGGCUACUUUUCGAUUCAACCAGCUCUUAAUAAGUUACCAAACAUGCUCUAUCAACAACGGCUUCCUGAACAGCCAUCCGCUCGCAUUGGAGCCGCCUAUAGCCGUGGAUUCUGUGCAGGGACAUCUCUUCUCACGACUCGAGCUCGCUGGAAGAAGCCUUCGGCAAUUGCUGGAGGCCUGGAACGUACGAACGUCACGUUCACUCACUGCCGUUAUGGCUUAUUCAUUUUGGGGCAUGUUACCGCACUUCGCUCUCUUUCAAAACCUGCGCGCUUAUUGGGGUUGCUGAACGGAACGAACAUCAGC